AUGCUUGCGUGGAGCGUUAUCAAGCUUGCCACCCUGGCUCUCCUUCCCUCGGCUGUUAUCGGCGGCUUUGUCCACCAACAGAUCCACAAGGAGCAGUAUCAGCAGUAUCUGCGCGACGUACCUGCGCUUGCCUCGGUUACGAGCAGCUCGGCCGCGCAAUGGAUUGAGCAGGUAAGAUUGGAACGUGCGGUGCUUUUUACAAACCUGGCGGUCCGGUCUGGUUAUGCCCUGGCCAAGCAGACCAAUGGUCUGAUUGUCGCUCUCGAGCACCGCUACUACGGCGACUCCAACCCCUUCAGCGACUAUGCAACCCAAAACCUCCGCUUCCUCGCCUCGGAGCAGGCCGUCGAGGAUGCCGCCACAUUUGCUCGAAACUUCACCACCUCCAACAACCUCCCCUCGUGCACCAAGUGGAUUCCCGUUGGUGGCUCGUACCCCGGCAACCUGGCUGCCUGGUUCCGUGAGAUUCAUCCAGAAAUUUUCUGGGCUGCCCACUCAUCGUCUGCCCCGCUCACUGCCAAGAUCGACUUUUGGGAGUACUCGUACGCAGUGCAUCAGGGUAUCCCCAAGAUUGCCGGAGGAUCGCAAGUUUGUGCCGACAAUCUCGCUCGACUCACGACCUUGUUCGACAAGGCCAUUGUGAACGACCCUGAAGGCACUCGCCUGUAUCUCGGGCUUGGUACCAUGGAGCUGGACGGCGAUGUGGGCAGCUUCCUCCCGUCGACGGCGUUGGCUGGCUCUAUCCAGUACGGACCUGUCGGUCAGCAGUUCAACGCCACUGUCACCCAGAUCGAUGCUGCUUGCUCCGGCAAAUACUUCCCCUCCUUCGCCGAUCCCAAGGCCACCGACAGCCAGCUUUGGUCGGACCUCCAGGCCUAUGUUUUGGCAACAUUGGCGAACUAUGGCAUAACGCCAAACAACGACACCCAGCUCCUUACAUUGGAGACUCUGUCGCUCCAGGACCCAAGCAACAGCGGUCGCCUCUGGUACUGGCAAACCUGCAAUGAGUUUGGCUACUUCCAAGAUGCCGAGCAUAUCCGCCAGCCAAUCUACUCCAGGACCAUCAACGUCGACUACUAUACACAAGCUUGCGAUAUUCUCUUUGAAGGCUACGACUGGCCCGACACCCAGGACACCAAUGCCCUCUACAAGGCCACUGACAUCAAGACCGACCGCAUUGUCUUUGUCAACGGUGCCAUCGACCCCUGGCACUGGCUUGGCAUCUUCAACCGCACCUCGACCCCUGCCCAGCCCACGUUCUUCCACGACCAGUUCCACUGCGGCGAUCUGUUUGUCCCUCUCCAAACCGAUAGCCCUCUCCUGAUCCAGAUCAAGGGCCAAAUUAUGGCAACGUGGAUCAACAUCCUCUCUGGCGACACUUGCCCGUCGCAAGUCAAGACCUGCGGUGGCAUCAGAAUAGUCGAGGACAGUUGA